GGUAACCAAACAGUUCUUGAGGUAAGUUUAGGUUAUUAGAAUGGAAACAAUGGCCAUUUUUGUGACUUUCUUCACACUAACCCGAAGGAGAAAGGCAUUCCUUAAUCUUUAAGACAAGGGUUAUGAAAAGCUUAGCAAAUUUUUCUGUACCUGAAGGUUCUGUCAGCAUCUGGUUUUGCUUAUGACUGGAGAAGCCUAACUACGAAGCUGUCUUACUACAAACGUUACUGAGAAUCAUCCCAGGUGCCUCAUUGUAACAAUGAUUCAGCUGACAGCUACCCCUGCAAGUGCGCUUGUUGAUGAACCCGUGCACAUUCGUGCUACUGGCCUGUCUCCCUUUCAAAUAGUGAUUCUUCAGGCCUCCCUGGCAGAUGAGAAGGGGAACCUGUUUCAUUCUCAAGCCUACUAUAAGGCCAAUGAAGCUGGGGAGGUAGACCUGCAGCAGGCCCCUUCGCUGGGAGGUGACUACAUCGGAGUCCACCCUAUGGGUCUCUUCUGGUCCCUGAAACCUGAAAAACUUUUAAUGAAAUUGAUGAAAAAAGAUGUGGUGAAUAGCCCCUUCCUGGUCCAAAUAAAACUUUAUGAUUCAAAUUUGCAAUUAACCGACAUCGCCACCACUGCUCCAAAAGUCAGCCUGACUUUGGAGAGGUGGUAUGUAGCACCUGGUGUCAAACGGAUCCAAGUUCGGGAAGGCCCCCUUCGGGGAACCCUCUUCCUCCCUCCUGGAGAGGGCCGUUUCCCAGGGAUAAUUGACUUGUUUGGUGGUAUUGGUGGGCUGAUUGAGUACCGGGCCAGUCUCCUGGCCAGUCGUGGCUUUGCCUCCUUGGCUUUGGCUUACUUUAACUAUGAAGAUUUGCCUGCCCAACCAGAAAAGACAGAAUUAGAUUAUUUUGAGGAAGCUGUCAACUUUCUCCUGAGACAUCCUAAGGUCCUCGGCCCAGGCAUUGGCAUAGUUUCCAUAAGCAAAGGUGCAGAGAUUGGACUCUCCAUGGCUAUACACCUAAAACAAGUCACAGCUACUGUGCUUAUUAAUGGGCCCAACUUCAUACUGAGCAUUCCACAGGUAUAUCAUGGUCAGAUAAGUAAGCCCUUAGCCGUCUCUCCACAAUCGCUGUCCAUCAAUGCCUUGGGGUUAGCAGAGUUCCAGCACAGCUUUGAGGAAGCUAGACGUGAAGCCAGUGAGACGUCUCUUCUCCCCAUUGAAAAGGCCCAGGGACAUUUCCUUUUCAUUGUGGGAGAAGAUGAUAAGAAUCUCAACAGCAAAGUGUAUGCUGAGCAAGCCACCCAACAGCUGAGCAGAUACGGGAAGAACAACUGGACCCUGCUAUCUUACCCUGGGGCAGGCCACCUGUUAGAGCCUCCCUAUUCCCCCCUGUGCUGUGCUUCAAAGAUCUCCAGUCUCCACCUGUCCAUUCACUGGGGUGGAGAGGUGACCCCACAUGCCACUGCCCAGGAGCAUUCUUGGAAGGAGAUCCAGAAGUUUCUCAGGAAGCAUCUUGUUCCAGUUGUGACCAGUCAACUCUGAGAAGAUAUUCCCGAGGAACAGAGGAGCAAUACUUCACAUAAUCAAUCAAUCAAUACUUCACUUGAUUUUCAUGGAGCAACAUCUUUGAUUUCUUAUUGUGGUAGGUUAUACUAAGAGAAAGCAGGAGGGUGACUGACAAUGGUCAUGUCUUGACUUUGGAAAGUGAGAACGGUUUCCGUUUAAUCCAAUAUCAUACAUGGAGAGUUUUAUAUUUUAAAAAGUAAAUUUAGGAAAAAAGAAUACAUUUAGGGCUCUAUCUGCCCUAAAAUAUUCUGGUUUAUUAUUACAGCAAUUGUCUUGUGGGAAAGAAAAAUGACCAAAAUGAAUGACAGAAUCCCCUGGUUUUAAAAACAGACAUGAGUAGGAUCAGGUGUUGAUAUUUGUUGAUUUCUUAAAACUCAAAUGAAAUAUGUUUAGAUUUCUCAUAUAUGAAAAUAUGCUCAUGGCUCAUGGUUACUUCAUUGCCAUUGAAAAACUAGAGCUUAAGAAACAUUUAUUAUUUUGAGGCAAUAUGGAAGCUGUUAUGGGGGUAACACGAUUGAGUCAACCUAAAAUCAAUAAUUUAACAAAGGCUAAGAGAAGAGAAUAAAGUAAUAUUUGUGUCAAAAUGUAUAGCAUUUUGAAAAAGAAACAAUCUGAGGUUCCCAGAAUUGCACUUUAGGGAAGGAGCCAUGAUACUGUGGGUUGUAUACCUUAUGGGCUGGCAAACUAUUUCUCUAAGGUUUUACAUGGCAAAUAUUUUCGGCUUUGUGGGCCAUUAAGUCUCUGUCACUGUUGUUGAGUUCUGCCAUUCAAACACAAAAGCAGCAUAGACAGGCCAUAAUGAAUGUUCAUGGCUGUGUUCCAUUUAAAUUUUAUUUAUGGAAACUGACAUUUGCAUUUCAUAUAAUUUUUACAUGUAACGGAAUAGUAAUUUUCUUUUUCUUUUUUUUCUAAACAUUGGCCAAUGUAAAAGCCACGUGUAGCUUGUGGGCAGUAGAAAAACAGGCUGUUUUUCUAGAUUUAGUUCACAGGGCAUAGUCUGAUGACCUUGGGUGUAGAACGAUCCAAAUUACUUUGUCCAAGGUCAAAUUUGACGUAUUUCCUCUAACGGGCAAGCCACAAUCCACAUAUUCCUGAGCUACUGAAUUGCAAUGUGGAAGGUAGAUAAUCAAGUGAAGAAGAGCCAGUAAAAGGGUGUUUUGAAUGAUUUUGUAGGUGUGGUGGGGGAGCCGACAAAGAGUUAGAGGGACAGAAGUAAUAAACAGACGCUUCACGGUAUCUGCCUAAACUCCUUUUCUUUCCUCUGCUUUCUGAUACUCCCUCUGUUUAGAGUGAAAUCAUUCCAUUCAGGAUGAGUGAGGCUAUUAGCCUCCCACCUUUCUCACUCAGAGAAGUUUUUACAUUUCCCACACCCAGUCAAUCAGACUACGUCACUUCUUUGUAAUUGCAAUGGCUAAUACUGCCUACGGUAUAUGCUACAUAAUAACUAUAUAGAUUAGAUGCUACAUAAUUAGUUAUAUAUGCCAUAUGCUAUAUAAUAGCUAACAUAGUGGGUUUAAUGGGUAUAAUUAUUUUUGUUUCCUCUUCCAGACUUCAGGAAGAAUGAGAUGUUUAUGAGAUACGAUGUUUAUGUUUUAUAUCCCUUGAUUUACAUUUUGUGGAUUUUCAGAACCAAGAAGGUCUUAAAAUUUUUUUUUCAUAUAUUCUGUUCUGUAUCACUACUACAAAUAUUGGCAGGAAGGCAGAUCAAAAAACCAUUCUUGGCCAGCUUCUCUGACCUCUUGGAAAUGUAACUGGUCUGCUUUUCAGGGUUGACUUCUUGUGUGCACCCAUAAAGUAUCUGCACCUGGUUAACUCAUAGCAUGGUCCAGGCCAGCUAGUAAACCCACUCUCACCUUCUGCAUUUGGUCCACUUGGCUUUUACUGUCCUUGCACAUUCUCUAAAUGUGAGUUGUGUCUUCUGUCAGGCCCCUGACAGAUGCAUAUACCGCAUCUCCUCUGCUAAAAGGUCGGCUCGCACGUGGCCGCAACAAUCAGGGCAGACUUGCUGACCUUCAACUCUCAGCUGCCUUCCAUGCCCAUCACCAUGAGAAUCUGGGAGCUUGCUAAACUCUUUCACAUGCUAGGAGUGCAAAAGGAGACUUGCACGUGCUAUCUCCUUUUGCCUACGCACACGAUGUUCUGUUUCACUCUGCUUUCCAGAA